AUGACUGAAGACGUGAGCGAAAGUUGUGUCUUCUUUAAAAAGCGUAGUCGAAAAAAUAUACGACAAAAAGAGGGUUCUUCUAGUGAAGAUGAAGCAGUCAUAAAAACUCAGAAAAGACGUCAAAUUAAUAAUAUGCUGUAUCAACAGACUUCAAAGUUUAGUGGUAACAAAAACUGCUCAUCUGAUGAUGAUUCUGAUAAGUUUGAUAACAGCACUCCUAAUACCGUCACUUAUAAGGCUUCUCAUUCUAAGGAAUCUAGGAUAACAAAAGAGCAUAUUGCAACUGCUACUGUGGAGAUCGAUACCGAUGUGAACUGUGAUGCACAAGCUAUCUUUGAAAAGGCUCAAAAAUUAAACCAGGAAUCUCAUAAUCGCAAUAUAUAUAAGGGACUUAACAAUUAUGCUCAGUACAUUGAGAAGAAAGACACUGUUAUGGGCAAUGCAUCUAGUGGCUUCAACCGUAAAGGUCCUAUGCGAGCGCCAGCCAAUUUAAGAGCUACUGUAAGAUGGGAUUAUCAACCGGAUAUUUGUAAAGACUACAAAGAAACAGGAUUUUGUAGUUUUGGGGAUAGCUGCAAGUUUCUGCAUGACAGAUCAGACUAUAAACAUGGUUGGCAAAUAGAACAAGAAUUAGCCGAGGGAGUGUAUGGAAUUGAUGGUGAAGACAAUCGUUACGAGAUAUCGCACAACUCUUCUGAAGACGAAGGCUUUGAAGAUAUUCCAUUAUUUUGCAUGAUUUGUCGCAAAGACUAUAAAGACCCAGUUGUGACCAUAUGUAAACAUUACUUUUGUAGUGAUUGUGCUCUUCAGCGAUAUAAAAAAACUGCACGGUGCUACGCAUGCACUACAGAUACCAAAGGCUUUUUCAAAUUUGCCAAGAAUCUAUUAUCUCGUAUUACUAUACUGCGUGAAAAAAAGAAGAAGCAUUCUGAAUUAAGCGAAAGUGAUCAUGAAGAUCAACAUCAUUCCUGUUCGCAUUCUCCUGUUCAAUGUAAAGGAGAACAAAGUGAUAAAGGUGACUUUCUUAACAAAAGUGUGGAGACUGGUUGGGUUCCAACCAAUAAAGUCCAACUUCCAAAAUCAUCAGAGCCGAAUUGGGCCAAACCCGAAGCACCAGAAUAUUGCGAUUCCGAUGAAGAAAGCGAUUAAAACG